AUGCAAACAGUUGGGAAACCCUGCUUCAAGAUAUCCAAUCAUAACCUCAACAGUUUGUUAUUCGAUAUUUACCAAGCUCCUCACAAAACACGCAAUAAAUGAUUAUAAAUUGAUAUUAAAUUUCCAAACAACUUUACUUUUAUGUUUAAUUGUUAAAGUUGUUAGUGUAUUUUCCAAUUUACUCGUAAGAAAUGGAUCAUUUGUUCUCUGUUCGCCGCAAACCAACAAAAGGAAUCGAAGCGUUCUAUUCUUUAAAUAAUGUUGUGACUUCCUCAAUUUCAAGCAACAAUGUUAUUGCUUUCACCACAAAAACAGAUGUUGAAGAUAACACCAUCAGAACUUAUGGUUCACAUGUUUAUGUUUCUGAUUUGAACACACCAUGGACUGCACAUAAAAUAUUAUCCAGUGCUUUCCUAGUAAAAGUCCUGCAAUGGGACUUUUCUGGUGAAUAUUUACUAGUGGCUGAUGAUUCAGGCACAGUUAGGAUUUACCAAGCCAAGGAUCACUUGUUAAAUGAAUGGGUUCUCACAUUACAGACUGUUUUAAAGGGAGAACCAAUUUUAGCGACGGCAUUUUUUCAUUUAGGUCGAAAGAUAUGCCUAAAUCAAGAAAAGAAAGACAGUCUCUCCUACAUGGAGAAGUUCCAACAUGUAAAGUUUGCAUGUUCUGUCAAACAAUUCGGCGGACGUCCUGCAAGCGGCGCAUUGAUAUUAACAUCAACUGGUUUACUCGCGGCUGUAAUUAUUCCUAAUGCAAUGCAGUCACAAGGACAACAAUUACCUAUUACACCAGUUGUUGUAACUGAAAGUUUAGGACCAACCAGAUUAUUUAUCAAAACCGCCGACAUUUGUUAUGGAAAAAAUGGACACUUUUUAUUGGCCGUGAGUAAUGGCGACCUGACGAUGCCUGUGCAAUGCUACAAAGUUUCAGUUCGCAAAGGAGAUGAUAAAUGCGUAAUUUCCAGCGAAGCAUUGCCAUCGUUCUUCAUUUUCGAGGGAAAUAAAGAUGGAAUGAUGGAUGAGCUUCUAAACGACAAACAAGGCGGUCAAGUGCGUUUCCUCAACUGGGUGAUGCGUGAAGACGCCGAUUCUUUAGUCGUAGCAGUUGGUAACGACCUCGGGAGUUGUCUACAAGUAUGGGAACUUAGAGAAAAAGCUCUGCCUGUACAUGAAGCACUUGCAGGAUCAUCAGAACUUAAAACAUUCAACACUGUGUUAUGGCAAUAUCAAUCAAGUUUUCAAUAUAAACACAAAAUCCUCUCACUGGCCACCGGGAAACUCACGUUCCUCAACAAUCUAUCAAGCAGUUAUAUCGUAGCUGCAUUUUCAGACAGUUCUAUCCACUGUUUGUUCCGUGAUUCUCUUAAACCAAUCUGUAACACAACUUUGUCCAUCGCGCAUGAAGAUGCGCAUAAAUUCGCACGGAUAACACCCGAGAUUGUACAAAUAGACAUGUCGUGGCUGGGGAAUAUCCUGGUUGUGAUUGAUGUGGACAGUCAUCUGCACAUUAUUAAACUUCCACCGCAGAUUGAUAGUUCUACACCGUUGAGUGUCCCGUAUGCCACUACAAUGUUGGAAUAUUGUCUUAUGACAGGUUUGGAUUGGUUGGAUUUAUUACUUGUGCUGCGUCCAGGGAUGAUUGAUCCAUUAUGCGAUCGAUUCACAGAGAGUUUCAAUCGGCAAACGUCAGCAAUCCAGCAAUUUUAUUAUGUACAGUAUUUGUGUAUCAAGACUUCACUUUAUAGAUUGAGUGCGCAAGGACAAAUGAAAGCGCAUGAUUUAUCGCAGUUUCUCAUGUUGCACAGUAUUUCCACUGCGUUUAAGAGUCUUUUGAGACCUAGUGAGAUUAGUAGUCAUGAUAAGAGUCCUGCUGAUUCACUUUCAAGUGUGAUAGCUGAGGGACAAAGUGAUGUAGACAAAGUUCUCAUGCAUCUGGAAGCUAAAGAGUUCACUGUUGAACCAUCUACGCUUCAAAGUCUUCAGCAGUUGAUUCAAUGGAUUUCAGAUCUUGCGUUAAAUCUGCUCGUUAAACUCGCCGAUUGCAGACCAUCAGUGAACAAACAAUACGAGUUGUUGCGUGAUGUAAAGGCUCUCAACACUCUGCGAGAGAUGUUGGUUUUGAUUCGUAUUUGGGGAUUAUUGCGACCCGCGUGUCUUCCUGUUUUCACCAAAUCCGAUGCCAAUUUGGAUGUAUUAGCGUUGGUUUUUAGACUUUUAAGUCGCCUGGUGCAGAAUGUCGCUGAACCUGAUGAUAAUCUAAUAGAUGAAUGUUUAUUAUUACCAAGCCAAGUUCAAAUCCAACACCUGCAACAUCAACAAAACCGAGUUGUGCUCGCCUCACAUCAACUAGCACAACAUAUACCUUUGUUAUUGGAGUUUAUGGUAGAGCCGGAUGCCCUAAGUGUGUAUGACUCGAAUAAUGGCCAAACAGUAGACGCAGUGCGACAUUUAUACUUGGGUAAAACUCCCGGUUGCGUUAAGCAAUGUGUCAGAUGUGGAAACUCCGCCGGAACAAUUCCAGUGACGAGAACAGCCGCAAUUCGUGCGUGGGAUCAACGCUGGAUAAAAUCCUGCCAAUGCGGUGGUUUAUGGAGAAUACAAUUAUCGACUUGAUGAGUAAUUAAGAAUUAAUUUUACACCCUUGCGAUAUUUUCAUAUAUCUGUGUCGUGACUCUUCAUGUUUUCCAUUGUACGAAAAUAAUUGUCUUACAAGUAA